AUGAACUCUCAAACAGUGCAGCAACAGCAGCAGCAAUACGAAAACUUGGAUCACAAUUUAAAUGACCAAAUGAAACAAGGAAAUCAAAAAAUACCCCAUUAUCAGAUAGAAACUUAUCAACAACAACAAGACUCUCAGGCUUUUGUGCCAACACCUUCAACUCCAAAUAUCAAUAACAACCCCACUUUAACUUCUGUAACUGAAUCACAACCAUCACCGCAAAGACCUAGUAUGUCACAACCAGUAACACCUCAACCAUCCAGUUCCCCAAGAAAUCACAUUGAAGAAUUCCAAUCAAAUCACGAUGAUAUUGAAAAUAGUAAUAAUAGUAACAGUGCCUACACUUCCUCACCCCCGGAAUCUCAAAGAUAUAACGCCUUAGUUACACCAGGAACAUCCCGUUACUCAGCAGGCGUUCCUAGCGACCAAAGUAAUGUUUUCAUCAAUGAAACAUGCCCUUCCUUCAGUUCUACAAGCUAUAAUCAAAAUAUCUAUGCUUUAGAUAGACAUACCAUAAUCGGUGUUCAACUAUAUACAAAAAUUGACCGUGGAUUUUUUUUAGCUGAUAAUGACUGGACUUGCUACCGUAGAAACUAUUUUCAAGUAAGCGGUUCAUUCUCGUUAGACGGCAUUGGGAUGCUCUAUGACGGACAAGAUUUACCCUGUUUGGCAAAAGACGACCAACAUGGACAGUUGGAAGAAAUUCAAUACUUUAUGCUUGGUGUUAGGGCCAAAUUAUCCGAUUGUGAUAAACCUGUUCCGCUUAUUCAACAUACACCAAAACGCGAUAAGGGUCCGCAAACCACUCCCAUGCCACGGCUUAUCCGUCCCGGUGGCAAUUUAGGCUUCAGUGCUGUCGGUUCAAGUCAAUCUAUCGUUACUUUCGAACGUCUCCAAUUUAAAACUGCUACCGCCAACAAUGGUAAAAGACGAGCAGCCCAACAAUAUUACGUUAUUACUAUUGAACUUCUAGCCAAGCUUCGUAAUGAGAAUAUUAUUACAGUGGCCUCUGCCCAAUCAGCACCCUUAGUUGUUCGUGGUAGAAGUCCUGGUCAUUAUGCCGAAACGGACUCCACAGGAGGUCGCGUGAGUGCUCCUCGAAGACAAUCACGAGCACAUCAUUUUGUCAGUAGCGCUAGUCUCGGGGGACCCAUUUCUAAUUCUAUACACUACAACCAUCCGAUAGCUGCUAAUCCUUAUCAACGCAAUACCAACCCAAUGAACAAUACCAACAAUGAUACCAAUACCACAGCUACUACCAACACUACACAUAACACGGCUUACGGUACUCAAAGCGCUCACCCGCACAUGUUUCCAUCCAGCGAAUAUAUGCCCUAUGAAUACCCACCUUACAAUGCAGCCGGUCCUUCUCAUUACGGACAUAAUUAUCCACCCACCGUACUACCGUCUAUGACACAUUCCAGUCCUUACCCUUUGAACUCUACCGCCUCUAUACAACAAGGUCAUUACUAUUCUGGUGACGCUGGUCUUCAUGAGCGCGUGCAGUCGAAUACUUCCUCCGAAGCCACUUAUUCUACGCCUCACAACGGUCAACCAUCUGGCACACCCGGUGAAUACCACCCAUCCAUGAAAGACAAUCAGCUAUCAGACCCAUACUAUUGGCAAAGACAGCAAGCUCAGCAAGUUCAGCCUCGUCAUUAUCAACACCACGGCCGAAUGAGAAUGACAUCUAAUCAAAGUACCACUACUACCACAACAAAUUCAAUGGACCACCAACAGCAUUCUCAGCAAGAUUCACCAUACCUUCAUCAUCAACCUCCUCAACAGCCAGCCCACUACUAUCCUCAGCCACACUCUUCUCAUUCACAAGGUCAUUAUCAUCCUGGCUAUACUCACCAAACGGGAAUGGCCCAAAGCUCUGCAUCUAUGCCUGAUCAUUAUACAACUGGUUAUCCGUAUGAAUGGCGUCCACCUCAGCAACAAUCCACACAUCAUCAAUAUAAGAUGCCUAUGUAUACCUAUGGUAAUACCGAAGAUAGUCGACGUUUUGAAUAUAACAGUAGUGAGCGUUCAACUACCACAGCAUCAUUUACGAACGCCAUUCCUCAUCAUGAAGCUACCACCUCUACUACCACAACAACAGUGUCUUCGCCACACGAUACAAAUAACAAUAGAAAUAUCUCCUCUCCUACAUUGUUAGUAAAAGAGACUACAGCUGUAAAUUGA